AUGGCAAGUGAAUCAGCAAGCACUCGUUACAACAACUUGAUGAAAGACAUGCCGCGAACAGAAGCCGGCUCGCAACCCCUGGAGCUGUUUCGACAGCUCGGCACGCGCGAGGAAAGCCUCUCAGCGUGGGGGGAGAGGGACGAGGUGAAGUAUGUGCAGGAGAUGCACCCCGAAAUGGACUUUAAGCAGACGGUGAUGGAACCCACUGUCAGGUUCACAUUCGAUCUCCAGGAACAAGUCGACGACGAGAAUCAGAAGAAGAUCCAGGAUCUCCUGUCUCAACUCAUGUCGACUUCGGAUGACGUCCCGGAAGGUGUGCGCCAACUUAAAGAAGCACGCAGAUGUCUAGCUGGAUACCCAAGUGUUCAAGGCCAAUUCGACAACAUCUUCCUCCAGGAUGACCCAGAGGUCAUAGUGGCCAAGCUGCAGGGCAUGAGUAAGCUACGAAGCGAGAUUAACAGCGAGAUGCAAAAGGAAAGGCGAGAUUCCCGACAGGUUGAGAAGGAGUGGCACUAG